GAGGGAGGAAGUAGGAACGGGAAUACCUUUCUCCUGUUGACGCUUCCUGGGGUGUUCGCGGACAGCCCAUGCUCGGUGACCAUGGCGGUUAGGGAUCACCCGCGGGCAUAUAUACCUCCCUCCCUCGCUCCCGGAUCCCAAUUACAAACCUCCGUCUCUCCUCCUCUCUCCUCUCCCACUCGCCCCGCGUGCCUCUCCCCGGAUCUCGAGGAUUCCGCUGUCCGCCUUCGUCGUUCCGUCGAUCCAAUGCCUUCGCCGCCGGCCGUCGCGCGUACCAUUUUGGUCACCGGUGGCGCCGGGUACAUCGGCAGCCACACGGUGCUGCAGCUCCUCAAAGGGGGCUUCCGGGUCGUCGUGUUGGACAGCCUCAACAACUCCUCGGAGGUUGCCGUCGAGCGGGUCAGGGAUCUCGCUGGGGAGUUCGGCAAGAACCUCGCCUUCCAUCGGGUUGAUCUUCGAGACCGAGAAGCAUUGGAAUCAGUUUUUUCUUCAACCAAGUUUGAUGCUGUUAUUCACUUUGCUGGACUAAAGGCUGUUGGUGAAAGUGUUAAAAAUCCUUUACUUUAUUACAACAACAACCUCAUUGGUACCAUAAAUCUCUUUGAAGUAAUGGCUGCAAACGGAUGUAAAAAGCUAGUUUUUUCGUCAUCAGCCACUGUUUAUGGGUGGCCCAAGGAAGUACCCUGUACAGAAGAGUUUCCUCUAUGUGCAAUGAAUCCAUAUGGACGGACCAAGCUUAUGACUGAAGAUAUCUGUCGUGAUAUCUGUCAAGGUGACAGUGAUUGGGAUAUGAUUCUAUUAAGAUAUUUCAAUCCUGUUGGAGCUCAUUCCAGUGGAUACAUUGGUGAAGAUCCUUGUGGAAUUCCCAAUAACCUCAUGCCUUUUGUACAGCAAGUAGCUGUUGGAAGGAGACCUGCCCUCACAGUAUAUGGAAAUGACUAUUCAACCAAAGAUGGCACAGGGGUAAGGGAUUAUAUCCAUGUUGUUGAUUUAGCAGAUGGACAUAUUGCAGCCCUGCAGAAGCUCUUUGAAGGCUCUCGUGUAGGUUGUGAAGUCUAUAACUUGGGAACUGGAAAGGGAACAUCUGUAUUGGAAAUGGUGGCAGCAUUUGAAAAGGCUUCUGGGAAGAAAAUCCCUUUGGUCAUGGCUGGAAGGCGGCCUGGUGAUGCUGAAGUUGUUUAUGCUUCCACCACCAAAGCAGAGAAGGAGCUACAAUGGAGGGCAAAGUAUGGGAUAGAAGAGAUGUGUCGAGAUCAAUGGAACUGGGCUAGCAAAAAUCCAUGGGGAUACGGAUCACCUGAGACUACUAACGGAAAUCAAUUAGGUUAUGGAUCAUCUGAAAGUAUUAAUGGAUCGAUUGAGACUGCUAAUGAGAAGCGAUCAUCUGAGACUGCUAACGGAAAGUAUCCUACUUAUGGGCCGUUUAAGAUAACUAAUGGAAAGCGCACCGCUUUUGAGUCACCUAAAAUUUCUAAUGGAAAGCAUCCUGCUUAUGGAUUGGUUCACACUGCUAGCUGGAAGCACCCUACUUGUGGAUUGUCUGAGACUACCAAUGGAAAGCACCCUACUCAUGGAUCACCUAAGACUACCAAUGGAAAGUAUCGUAUUUAUGGAUCGCCUAAAAUUGCUAAUGGAAAGCACCCUACUUAUGGAUCUCUUACAACUGUUAAUGCAAAGCACGUUAUUUCCAAAUAGCAUUAAUUCUUUAGCGGAUGAAGAAAGAUUACUAAUUCAAAGCUUGAUACAGAAUUGGCAUAGGCCCAGCUGAUAUGAUUCUUCAGUUAGAUGAUGUCUGUCUAUUUGUGAAUAAUCAUGCUUCUAUCAUUAGAGAGGUACUAUAGUUAAAGGUGUCCUUGCUUUUCUCUUUAAGGUCCAUUAUUUGUUACCCUUGUUGGCAUAUAUCAGCUAGACUAGCACAAGAUCUGGUAUUUAAGCCCUAUAUGUGAGGAUGGCUGAUGAUUCUUUAUCCAUAGUUAACCAGAAGUAGCUACCUUAGCAGAUAUUUUAUAUGGAUUUGGAGGAGGAAGAGAUGUCAUACAUGUGUUAUGAGGAUGUAUAUUAUUUCAUCAUUGUAUGUCAAAUUUGAUCGUCUGAUGUAUAUGAUAUUUGUACUGGUGAAAUUUGUAUACUCUUUUUGAUUGUCUAA